GCUUGUUCCCUUCGCGCCCUACCAAACGACCUUUGGGCCGCGGCGGGUGCACCCGGAGGGCUGAGAGGGAAGGGACGCCGGCGGCAGGACCCAGGGAAAAGACGUCUCAGGGUUGCCCGGGGACGCGGUCACGGUGGCGGCCGGGAUCGCCCAGGACGCCUGGGACGGAGGCGGAGUCCGAAGGCUCGGAAGCUGGCCGGGCCCCGCGGAGAUUUAAAGGCUGCAGCGCCAAGCUUUUACAGGAGGACGGAGCGAAUUCGCACUUGGCAACCCUGGGAUCGGAUCCCGGUCUGAGCUCCCAGAACCAUGGCCACCAGCGCUGUCCCCAGUGAUAACCUCCCCACCUACAAGCUGGUGGUGGUGGGGGACGGGGGCGUGGGAAAGAGUGCUCUCACCAUCCAGUUUUUCCAGAAGAUCUUUGUGCCUGACUACGACCCCACCAUUGAAGACUCCUACCUGAAACAUACAGAGAUUGACAAUCAGUGGGCCAUCUUGGAUGUGCUGGACACAGCUGGACAGGAGGAGUUCAGCGCCAUGCGGGAGCAGUACAUGCGCACGGGAGACGGCUUCCUCAUUGUCUACUCCGUCACCGACAAGGCCAGCUUCGAGCAUGUGGACCGCUUCCACCAGCUCAUCCUGCGCGUCAAGGACAGGGAGUCAUUCCCCAUGAUCCUCGUGGCCAACAAGGUUGAUUUGAUGCACCUGAGGAAGAUCACGAGGGAGCAAGGAAAAGAAAUGGCGACCAAACACAAUGUAGAUUCCUUACAUAGAAACCAGUGCCAAGGACCCGCCUCUCAAUGUGGACAAAGCCUUCCACGACCUCGUCAGAGUGAUCAGGCAACAGAUUCCAGAAAAAAGCCAGAAGAAGAAGAAGAAAACCAAAUGGCGAGGAGACCGCGCCACCGGCACCCACAGACUGCAGUGUGUGGUAUUGUGACGGCCUGGGCCCCAGCACCGUGAUCACCACCAGCCCUCGGAACUCCACUGCCUGCCUGCACUGAAAGCCAUUGCUAACCACGACCCUUGGCCGGAGGACUUGGCACAGGAAGGGGGAGAGGGAGGGCGGGCAGCGAGCAGGCGGGGUCUGGCCUUGCGGGAGCGCGCUGGCUUUUCCACCUCUCCUAACAGAGACAAGGAAGCCACCCGUGAGCAGAAGCAGCGUCCAGGCUCCUCCGUGUGGGUUCAGCCUGGUUUCCCCUCCCAGUGGGCGUGGUGUUUCUUUUAACUGCCGUGUUGGUUUGACGUGGGAGUGUGUAUCCCCGUCAGAGUACCAAACCAGCCACGAGCAAGCUUUCUCCCCUUGACCCAUUCUACGGUGUCUGGGCUCAGAUGUCUUCUGUAGAUUUUUAAAUUCCUUUCGUGAUGAUUAUUUUACUGAAGGGCUCUCUGCCCACUGCCUGGUGAAGUCCCAGAUCUUCGGCAGACCUCUCUGAGAACAUGCCUGGAAUCGUGUAGUCGUCUUUUUAACCGAGUUUUCCCAGCAGUGCCAAUAUUAAAAGUAGAGUGACUGGGAGAACGGAAGUUAGUGGGGACCUUCGCUGGAGGCUGUGGGUCAGAUACGGGAGGGAAACGGACGCUAGCGUGCCCUAGAAACUGCAGAGAAGAGGAGGGCACUGCUACAGUUGAGGAUGCAGAUAUUAGAAAACAGUUUUGAUUUGCUGAGGUGAGUGGCUGGCAUGAGUAUGUCAGUUCUAAAAGCGGCUUUUAUUGCCUUUAAAUGUACAAACUAAGGUAAGCAGAUGGGCUUUGCGGAACAUUCAUUUCUCAGACAGUGUGUGCUCAGUUCUCCGUCUUCCCAGACGUGUGAGCGUUCCCAGUGUCUCAGUUCUGCCCUCUCCUGCCCCACCACUUCCCCUGUGCUGCCCGGUGCCUCUCUGAUUAAACACAGGACUCAUCGGAGGACGCUAAUGUGGACACUCCAGAAAGCGCUAGUUCACGCCGAAUCCUAACCCGACGGAUUCAAUCCUGUUAUCACUAAAAUACCACCAGGACUAAAGCCAUUUCCCUUUGAGUCAACUGACCACCGCCUCCGUGAGCCCAGGAAAUGAGCCAACCCUUCCAGUGUUGCAGACUUAGUUGCCUUUGGCGCGGACUUUUCUUACCCCCGUGGCUCUUGACGAUGAUAAGAUCCUGACAGUAACAGCAGAGGAGAAGGCAGUGUCGGGCUGGUGGUGUUGCUGCCAUACACCUGUUUCUGCAGGGACGGUCCCCUCCGCCUGCCUGACAGUGCGCCUCCCUCGCUGGUGCUGCUGGUGGAAACAAACACUGGACUUCCCCAGCCAGGGUGGGGGUUUCCGGACAGCGGGAAGAGUCCACUCCCGAGAAAGUCAGUAGACAUGGCAUGGCUACUGACCUUACUCCCAGAUGUCUGUGAACUAGAACAUUCCCAGCAGGAGGCUUGGAUCCUCUUUGGUGAAAGAAACUCAUGCAAAGAAAGCCACGGGAAGUGAGGCUCUGACAGCAUCCUCAGACCCCUGGAUUCUUCUCCAGCUCGGAGAGUUCUGGGCUCCCGACCCUGCAGGACCCCCAGCAUGGAGGGCCCGGCCGAGCAGCGAUUCUGCUCCAGAAGGAAGCAGUGCAGACUUCUGCUAGUCAAACUUCCUAUUUGUCAAAAUAGCCCUUUUUUCUGUUCCUGAAAGGAAGGGUAAGAGAACGUUUCAGAUGUUUCCCGAUAGCCUAUAAUAAAUGUCAGCGAGUAUUUUAAACACUAGAAGGACAAGGCUUUUCCCAGCCCUUGGGCUCCUCUGAGCUGUGAGCGUAGCAGGCACACGUGCAGCUCGGCAGCAGCUGAAAACUGGAAGUGAGGAGGGAGGGCAGGCGGGAAGAUGUGAGGACCAGGAUGCUUUGCCCUGCAAGGAAGGCAGCGGCCACUGCCGGAGAACACAGGCGUCACCCGCCGCCAGCUCACCCUGGCCGCUGGACACACCCGUCUCCUCCCACUCCAGCAGCGCUGCGUGCGGCAAGGCUUGCUGGAAACAGGUCAGCUGACCUACAGUGAAGCCCUGAGCCAUAAAGGUAGCCAGAACAUGUUGCACCGCGCCUGGCCUCCCCCACCUGCUGCCAGAAACCUCACCCCAUCUUCCAGGGCCUCUUUCCUAAACUCAGCCUACAGCUGAAUGCCACAGUGCCUGAGGGAGAGACUGUGUAAGGGCUGGUCUUCUGUAGCCCUUCGUGGAUUGGGGCUGAUGGUAAACUUUUCUGACUUCAUUUUCCCCAUAGGUAAAAUGGGUAGAUAACACCCCACUUGUAGAAACAGAUUCUUGUGACAGAGGAAGUGUCCAGACGGGCUGGAGUAGUGUACCCGGGGACAUCCAUCACCUGGCAGGGUCAGGCUGGGAAGCCUGGCUGGCCGUGCUGCUCCAUGACUGGGAGUCCACUGAGACUUGUGGCUGUGUUGUCAUCCACGCGUUACCACUAGUUUUACAGAGAAUAGUGCCGUCUUCCUGUCCCCUGAGCACACUGUUCCUGAAGUCCCCUCACCCCAUGCCUUUGUCACUGUGUGCUCUCAGAGUUACUCCCACUCUUCUGACCCCCUCCUUAAAGGGCUUCUUUUCUCCUCAGAGGUAAUCUUAGCCAUCCUUAGCCCUGCGACCGGGGCUGUCGCCACCACCCCUGCCCUGUGCCACACAGAGGACAUCUGGGUAUUUUCUCUGAGGACUCUGUCCAUCACCUCAUGAUGCCGGUGUGGUGAGUGUGUGGCGUGGUGUGGCCUGUCUCACUCUGCCUAGAGAUGUGGCCCACUAACACGUGAGAACCCUUCAUCCAAAGCCCCCUAAGAUGUGUCACAGUAAACGCAGAGCCGCAGGUAUGCCCCCUCCCUGAGCAGCUCGCUGGGUUGGAGAUUCCGUGUGGGGUUUACUUAGAAUGAAAGAUACUUGAAUUCUUGAGGGCCUUUGAGCGCCCAGCUUCUGUUACACAGUGUUAACAGGUGGCCACUGUCAUGAAACGAGUGAUGCCUGGACAUCUCGAUGAUGCUUGAGCCUUUUAUGUAACUUUUUAUCAAGUCUUUGUGUAUCAUGACUCAUUAAUAAAGAAAUAAAGAGAAACA